AUGCACCAUGGGGUCCUCAAUGACGAGGCGAGCCCAAGAUGCUUGAUCGUGCAACCCGACCCAGCCAACGAUUUGGAUUCCGAAUAUAAAUAUAAAAUGACUAUGAUCGACUUUGGUCAUACUACUGUUCGUACACAGUACUCACCAAGAGAGGACUGGCGAUGGCGAGAAGCUCACAGCGAUACAGAGGAAGCGGUCGGGCAAGUGAUGCGUCGGGCAUUGGAGGUGGACUAUGGGGGAGGUUACGUCUAUACACGGACGCCCUAUCGUCAAGCGCUUCAAAAUGGUUAUAUGAAGGAGGGCGAUUACAAAGAUCGUGACGAGAGGCCUAUGUUAAGCAAUGUAUGA